AUGAUUGAGCAACUCGUUGCUGCAGUUUGCACUGUUUAUGGCAUUGGUUAUUCAGGAUAUUAUCUGACUAGCCUGGGACGACACCUGAGACAUGUAUUCAGAGGUGCAGAUCCUGAGAGCCCUGAACCCACAGCAGACUCUCCACUGACUCUCUCAGUUCCUGGAGAUGUGGCCAAAGAGGAGCUGAAUGAUCACAAUCCUCCAGCUGUGUUCACAGCACAACCUGAAUAUUCCGAGCCGAACAUCAAGGCAGAGCCUCAAUCAGAGCUGCCCGAAGCUCCGAUUGCCAUCAUGGCAGUGGCCAUAAAGAAAAUUAAUCUCCACCAACUGAGGAAGAGGGAACUAAAAGUUGAUGAACUUAUGGUCAUCAAGAAGAAUAGGAAUCCCAACCUGGUCAAAUAUUUAGACUGCUACCUUGUGGAUAAGCAAUUCUGGCUGGUGAUGGAGUACAUGGAUGGAGGCACUCUGAGCAAUGUCAUCAGCUGGACCUUCCUGUCUGAAGAUGAGAUGGCAGCUGUCAGUCGGCAGUGCCUGCAAGGCCUGGAUUUUCUUCACAAAAUGUGCGUGAUCCAUCAAAAUGUGAAGAGCCGCAACAUCCUUCUCAGAAGCGAUGGCUCUGUCAAGCUGGCUGAUUUUGGCCUCUUAGCUCAGCUCAGCCCUGAGCAGAGAAGACAGGACUCAGUGGCCAGCACUUCUGGGUGGAUGGCACCUGAAGUCCUGACAGGUCAACAAUAUGGCCCUAAACUGGAUAUAUGGUCUUUUGGAAUUGUGGGCAUUGAAAUGGUGGAAGGAGAAGUUCCCUACUGGAAUGAAACUGCUGUGUGGACAGAUGAGGCUCGGCGCUGGACUGCCAAGGAGCUCCUGCAGCAUCCAUUUGUGGCAUCAGUCGAGCCUACUUCCUGCCUGGUGCCACUGAUCGUUUCUUUGAAGAAGAGGAUGGUGGAGAAGAAACUGUGA